AUGAUGAAGGCGACUGUGUUACUACGUCUGGGCGGCGGCGGCAGUGGCUUAAUUGGGCGUCCGACGCUGCUGCGACGGCAGACGGCGAAGCGGGUGGCAACGACGAAGGCGAAAGACACUACAACGGGCGGGCGAAAUAAAAAAGCGACUGCACCGACAGCAGACGGCGGUUGGUGCUCACACAAGCUGUCCUUAGCAGACUUCCACCCCGCCAUUGCCCGCACAUGGAUCGCAGCGGCGUCGAACAAAAUGCUGCAGCCGCAGCACGUCACCCCUGACAGUCGCAAACUGGCGUGGUGGAUUUGCCCGUCUUGCCAUCAUCAGCACAAUAAACGCAUCGAUCGGCACCUCGCCGCCGGUGGUGCGUGUCCACAGUGCGGAGCAAAGCCCACCUUGGACGUCGGUAGGUCCGCGAGGAAGGAUGCGUCGAGUCCCCGUAGCGCCAGCAAUGCCGCCUCGCUAUCGACAAAGACGAAACGAACCACCGCUGCGUCGGCGCAGAAGUCCGUUCCGGCUGUAGCGGUGCUUCGCCAUCGCUGCCGCCCCAGCUCGACGCUUGACACCAUCGCCGCUCCGAACGCAAACCUUCUCAGCAAGAGCGUGGCCGAUGAUCAGUACCUUCGGGUGCAGGAGACGCGUAACCUGCUGCCGAUGCUGGCAAAGAGCUACGAUAAGGAGCGUUGGAAGAUCGCGUCCGACGAGGUGCUGCAGGUGUCACCAAAACUGGACGGCAUUCGCUGCGUCGCCGCGUACAGGGUGGACACAAAGCAGGUGCUCUUCUUCAGCCGCUCUGGCACACUGUUCGAGUGCUGUGACGACGCCAUCGAGCCAGCCCUGCGGCACCUCUUCGAGAAGGACCCGACGCUCGUGCUUGACGGCGAGCUGUAUAACGACUCCGUCAACCUGGUGCAGCUUAGCACCGUGCGUACAGCAGCAGGAAAAUCGCCCCGGCUGUCCCCCACGGCGGCGCUGUCUGGGGAAGACCCGGUGUCGGCCUUCUACAAUUCACUCCUCGCUGCUGCAUACGGGAACAAGAAGCACAAGCACAACUCGGUAGCCGCCGCUGGUGUGGCGCAGACAGAUCUGCCGGCAGUGAUCCGCUUCGACCAGCUCACAUCGGCGAUCCGCACGACACGUCAAUGGCUCACCCCUGAAGUUUCGGCUUUGCAGCGCCAGUUGCAGUACCACGUCUUUGACAUCCUUUACAGUCGUGAGUUCCCCGGCGGGCGCGGGUCGGCGGUGCCGUUCAGUGUUCGCUACGGCGUCCUUGAGCGACUGCUGGCAUCCGUGACAGUCCACAACUUAGCGCACAUUUCAAGGUACGAUCCGCUAGUGCUGAGGCGUGUGCCGAGCUACUUGUGCACCAUCGACGCCGUCGACACCGUGCUGCAUGCAGCCAUGAGAGUCGGCUACGAGGGUAUCAUGAUUCGCCGCGAGUGCCGGGGCGCCACGACGGUUGCCGACAGGGACAGCAACAAGGUAGAGUCGGCAGUCAAGAAGAUCAAGCGGGGCUCUGCGUCCAAUGAAGGCAAAGCCAGAGCGGGCGCCGCGACGGAGAAUAGUGACGGUGGCUAUGGCUACGGACAGCGCAGCAGCACGUUGCUCAAGUACAAGGUGAUGCAGGACGCAGAGUAUGUCAUUGUAGGUGCAGUGGAAGGCUCCGGCAAGUGGAAAGGCUUCCUCGGCUCUUUCAUCUGCGUGACGCCGGAUAAGAAGCACCGCUUCACUGUCACCCCAGCCAGCACCGAUGCCGAGAAGCGGCGCAUGUGGCAGUCAUGGAAGACGGCGUACAAGGGGAAGGUGCUGACGGUGCAGUACCAGGAAAUCACCCCAGACGGCGUCCCGCGCUUCCCCGUGGGCAAGUGCGUUCGCGGCGCAGCGGACGGGCACGAUUGGCUGUAG